AUGAAGAUCGAGUGUGGCAAGAGUCAACUGCGUCAGAAGAAGUACGGCCUGGCCCUGAAGCGCUUCUUCGCCGUGGAGAAGCACUUCAACGACUUCGUGGAGGACCAGUUCGACUUCCACACGUACUGCAUCCGCAAGAUGACGCUGCGUGCGUACAUUCAGAUGCUGCGUCUCUGUGACGAGAUCUACGGCCGCCCGUUCUUCAAGGCCGAGGAGGAGGCCAAGAUCGCUGCGGCAAACGCCAACAUGUCGGCUGCUGAGAAGAAGAAGAAGGCAAAGCAUGCAUUGGCCAAGGCGCGUAAGGCGGAGUUCAAGAGGAAAGAGGAGGAAGAGCUCAAUGCGAAGCUGCACAAGGUGGUCGAGGACAAGGAACGCGAGGCCACCAAGAAUGGCAAGGCCAAGGCAAACCCGGGCCCUACGCGCCCCAAGGACGACGAUCCGUUUGGAGAGAAGCUCGCUGCGAAGCCUGCUCUUGAAGAGGCCUGA